CACAGGGCAUAACCAGCAUUUCUGCACCAUCCCGAGGGCCCUCGGGGAUAUUUAGAUCCCAACCGUCGGUCUAGCGUGCAUCCUGAUCAAUCCACGUCGGACAUUCCCGGUGUUGUCUCGAUGCGGUGACUCGGCGCAACAAGUUACAUCCUGUGUGUUUAUUAGAGUCUCUGGCGCGGCCGCGUCAGUUCGCCAUUGAGGAUUGGUCGCGUAUGUUAUUGUCUUCGGUACUUGUUUCUAACGCAACAUCAUCCCGCCAUAAUAUCCCUUUCGUUAUGAAUGACAGUCACGAUGUCUUGCCGAGUCGUGGGGCGCCAUAUACGGAGGCCAGUACGACCACCGAGGGUGUGGCCGUGAACCCAUCAACAGUACCAGCGCCCAUGGAACCGCCUCGCGCAGAUCACGUCCAGGUUCCACGAUCUCCUCAGCUUUUAUCCUUACGAGUAGAUGGAUUGAAUGCCGGGAUUCAGGACAAGAAUAAUCACACUGCUGCCUAUGUCGAAUCCUCCGAGCGUGGUAGUGACACCUCCGCGGAUGGUCAACGACCAGAACCACACUCCGCGAGCACCUUCACAGACUCCAUACCUAGCCUACCUGCCUCUUUAUCGAACGACUAUGAGCAUACCACGGUGGACAGCUCUCAUUCUUUCAUCGAGAACUCGCAGUCAUCACGAACAGAGCCGGGAUCGCAAAAUUCCCAGGACUCUUUGCAUACACUGUCGGUCAAUGGGAGUGGGGUAGAUAUACUUCAUCCACUCAAGUCGGAACACAGCUGCAAUGGCUCCCUCUCCCCCGUACGAUCUCCCAGAUAUAGUACCUCACGAUCGGGUAUCGACACACAACUUGCUCCGAGACACAAGAGGACAGCAACGGGGGAUAUCAAGCCUAUUUCGGCGCAGCUCAUGACACCACAUUCCCACGACGCAAAUGGGGCAUCGCGACGCCGUUCAAAAAGCACAGGUUCUCCCGCACAUGGGAGCCGCAUUGCACAGUUGUCUGUUCAUAUUCGGACACGAUUGUCCUAUGCGGCAGCCAAGAUAGAAAAGUCCCGACAGUCACAAACCAGUUCUCAGCUCGCACUACGUGGGCUAGAAAACCUAUCUUCUUUAGACUCACAAACUACAAACGGUUCUGCAUCUCCACACAACUCACACCUGGCAUCUCAUCCUCCACACAACUCAAAUUCCUCGACUCCUCGACCCUUCCCAUCACAUCACCGCUCGCAGUCAGCAAUUUCAUCGCCUGGUAAACUUCUCGCUAUACCUAAACUAGCCCCGCCUGUGGACAUCAUCUCUUCCAAUGGAGAAACACGGCGACGGAGGCCGAACCCGAAUGAGCCAAUGCAAAAACCGGCUGGCCGCAGUCCAUACGCCCAUCAUAAACGGCAUCAUUCAACACAGGAAUUGUCCAUGUACAGUUCAACGAAUGGUUCACCACGGGUCGUAGGCCCAGGAACACCUUUAAUCCCUCCAACUUCGCGUGCACCGACAUCUUCUCAAGAAGGGUUCUACGGACCCAGAACCCAGUCUCAAAAUACGUCGAUGGAACAGGACGCGAUUGAAACGCUCCUAUUCAUGUCCAGCCCGGAAAAUUCAGGCUAUCGAUCGAGUCCAAGGCCAUUACAGCCUCUGGCGACGCAACGAAGUCUGAACGAAUCGAUAUAUUCCAAUCAUAAUCCAGUCCAAUCCCAUCUCAGCCAGGGCUCGCAAAGCAAUGGCUCGCAGAAUAGUGGGGAUUCGAAGUACAAAACUCUCGGUGUAGGGUUGGAGGCCAAUGCGGGUGAUGAAAUCGACCGCAUUUUAGACCAGAUGGAAAGUGACAGCGAGGAUGAUGCUCGGUAUGCGUCGCAUCGUCUUCAUGUGAAAACGCAGUUUAGAGGGCAUCAGGGCCGUCCAGGGUGAUUUUGAGCUCAUCAUGCCGGAUAUUAGCUUGCAUUUGUUUUGGGUUUGCUGGAUCGCAUUUGAGGGGUCAUAUUGCAUGCAUUUACUCAUGCCUAUCAGGCGCAUUGCAUUUGAAUCAAGUAUAAAUGCUAAUUGAUGAUGUUUAGACAUGGCUUAUUAUAGCCAUUGCAUUCAUGUGGUAAUUGGAGGUUAGCAGAAUGAAAUUUUUGUCUAUCC